UCGAUAUUAUUCGUUAGCAGUUGCACAUAUCUAACUUUCUAUUUCCGUGCAGAUAAAAUUGUAAAUAUUUACUCAAAAUUGCACUCGAAUACCCAAAAAAAUAGUGAAAAAUGAUGCAAUAGAGAGUGGGUUUGUUGUCGUUCCACUUGUUAACAACAAAAAGUGCCACAAAUGCACCGAAUUCGAGCUGCAAAAACGCGAUUUUAAUCCGCAAAUCUGCGGAAGUGUUGGUACAAGCACUUAAUUUGUAUUUGUGAUUGUAAUUGUAAUUGCCAAAGUGCCAAAAAAAACCACGCAAAUGCUGCAAGCGUAAAAGCCUAUGUAAAUAGGGCUACAAAAUAAUAAUGGGCGUGGCGAGACGAUGCAUUGAGAGCAGAAAACAGCGAAGGCGAUGACAAUCGAAACCGAAUUCAUCAGCUCCUAAAUCACAAACAAAACAAGCAACAUUGACAUACUCACCACAAAAGCACAAAGCUGAGAUAAGAAAGUACCAGCACACCAAUUCAUGUCAAACGGAACGCACACCAAACAGUUAUCAGCGGACCAGCGCUACUAAACACCACCAAAUCGCACACAAAAACCUAUAGAACGAUGUGGCUGCGUCAGAGCAGCGGAGGCGUUGCCUCAGCCGGACACGGCGGACCACUACGUCAGCGUCCCAUCGAUGCCGCCACGGACUGCGAUCCGCGCGCCUGCUACGACAGCUUCUGCAAGCACUGGCAGCAGGCCUUCGAGAUCAUCCAGCACAGUGCUCCGCCCUCGCACGACGACGUCCUGGGCGUUGUGUCGCACCUGGACUACAUGGUCACCCUUCUGCUGGUCGAACUGCAUCACUGCAACAAGGUCUCGCUGCCGGCGGCCGAGGCCAGUGGUCCGCCCGCGGCUCCCUGCCUGGAAUUUCUGCUCAGCGAGAAUCUGCUGGACAAGCUGUAUGAAUGGGCUUGCACCACCGGCCGCUAUGCCAACGCCGUGCGGCUGGAGCAGCUGAAGCUGUACGAACUGCUCGUCAGCCAUUCGCGCCACCAGCUGCUCUGCCACGAGCCCUUCCUGCGUCCCCUGCUCAAGAUUCUGGCCUCCAGCCAGGGUGAGAUUUUCCCGCCCGAUCUGGAAAAGCGCCUCGUUAUCCUGCUGAACCAGCUGUGCGUGGUUCUAAUGCAGAAUGUCCAUUUGCUGGACCUUUUCUUCUUUUCCGCCCAAACGCAAGUGCAGGAGCAGAUUCUCAACGGUAGCGUGGCGGCACCCAAAAGUGGAACCACAACCAAUUUUAUUAUCUUCUCCUUGCUCAUCCCGUACGUGCAUCGCGAGGGCAGUCUUGGACACCAGGCCCGCGAUGCCUUGCUGCUCUGCAUGGCGCUCUCGCAGAAGAACUCCAACAUUGGCACGUACAUAGCCCAGUACUCCUCGAUCUGCCCCCUGCUGGUGACCGGUCUGGGUGGGCUUUACUCCCGUCUGCCCAACAGCAUCGAGAUCAGCUCCAUUGACUGGCACCGGAUCACACCGGACGAUGUGACAGAGAUCCCCGAGCUGACGCUCUUCAUGAACGCCCUCGAGUUCUGCAAUGCGGUGGUGCAGGUGGCCCACGAGAUGAUCAAACAGCAGCUUCUGGACUUCAUGUACCAGGGCUUCAUUGUGCCCGUUCUGGGACCGGCUAUCCUCCAGACACUGAAGGGCAAACAUUUUCAGACGAACAUCGACUCCCAAAUCUCGGCCAUGUCGUACCUGGACCUGAUCCUGCGCUCCAUCACCGAACCCGGCCUGCUGAGGGCCUUCGUUCGCUUUCUGCUCGACACGGAAAAGUUCGACGGCGAGCGCAUACUGGAUGCUCUGGUCGAGCGGCUGAACUCCCCCGAUGCCAAUCUGUGCAUGGUAACGAUGGCCCUGUUUGACACCCUGCUGGGGCUGCACUGCGAGGACCUAAUGCUGGAACUGCUGCUCAAGUUCAUGCUGCCGGGCAAGCAUGUGCCCAUCUCACAUCGCCACAAGAUCAACAAGAUCGAUCCGUAUCUGAACAGCAGUGAGUUCUUCCUGGAACUCUCGCCCGACGUGAUGAAGAGGGCCAGGGAUCUGGCCCGGCCCAAGAGUAUCCACGAACCGGUGGUAAGUGACCUGACGCCGCUGCCCAGUCUCCCAUCUCCAGUCAUGAGCAAGACAAUUGGAGCCAACUGGAACUAUUAUGGAGUGCACACGGGUGAUAGUUUGUAUGCGAAUAUCCAGGCGUAUCUCUUCGAGGCCCACUGGCGAAUUGCCCAGUGCCAGAGGGAUUGCCUCAAGUGGGCGAACAGCUAUCGCUACCAAAAGUGGCCGCGUCACGGGCAGGGACGAGUUCAUGCCCACGCCUUGGAACUGGCCAGGCAGUUCUUCAGCGAAUUCGGUGGCGGAGCUGUUAUGGCCACGAACGAGACGGGUGAGAAACAGCUGGACAGUCUGCAAUCGAUUGGCGAGUCCAGCGGCUACGAAUCCUUCAAGUGGCGGCCUGCGGACGAGGAGAGCGAAGCCACGGAUACAACGCUGGCCACCACAGCCAGCGAGGCAGAUCUGGAGCACAACAGCAGCAGCAUCAGCAGCGUGCUAGGUGGAUCCGGCAGACGAGAGGCCUGGCGCAUGUCGCAAAACAAUCGCAACGAGUUGCUACUGACGGAUCUGGACUUCUCGGAGGACUUGUUUGCGCAGGGCACCGUAAGCUUGGGUCCCUUUCUCAACGCCAUCUGGGGCAAACUGCAAACCUUCACGAGCAACUCGCUGUACGUCAAUCUUCACCUCACCGGGUUGAUCACUCGGUUGGCCUGGUAUCCUCUGCCGCUGAUCCACUCGCUGCUGCUGCGCUCCGAUAUCGCCAUCACCUCGGAUACGCCCUCCUUCCACCAGGUGCUGCGCAUACUCAAGCAACAGAUAGACGCCGAGCUGCCAGUGACAGAGGAUUCGCUGGAGAUCAUUGAUGUGGCGCGUUCCUCACUAAUUGAUCGGGAAUUUCGUUUGGCAAACGCGCGCAAGGGUAACGAGGGCUCUCCAAUGCAUCACAAUCAACAGCAUCAGAUGGCCACAAGUUCCGGGCAGCAGUCGGGGCAGCUGCGAUCUACCUAUUCGACUCUUUCGGCUGCCACGCCCGUUCAAGCGACGCCCACCAGCGCAUACGAUCCGUUUAAGCGCAGCGAUAACAAGAGGCGGAGCAUCAGCAAGUCCAUAACCAGCAUGUUCAGCAGAAAGUCGGCCUCCUCGUCGAUGGCACCGCCCAAUGGCUCCUCUGCUUCAUCUGGCUUAUCACAAAUUUACGCAUUCUUCACCGGAGCUGCUUCGAAUCUGGUGGGAAGUGGUGCCGAGGGAAGAGGAUUUUCCCAGGGGCAACCAGCCGCCGGGACAUGUGAGACCAGCCUCAGUACGCAGCCACAAGUGGGUGCAUCACGCACAGGAGCCACAGUGACGGCCACAGCGGCCUCUGGGAGCAGCAGCAACAGCAGCAUCGGUGGAUCCACCCAAACCCUGUCCGCCCAAUCGAACACCACAACCCACUCGUCGAGCACCAUGCACGGCCUGGAUGGAGGACCGACCACGAGUGGCUUUAACUCCGAGCCAGUGUCCCUCGAUUCGGUGGCCUCCAUGGGAAUCAUUGCCAGCACGAGUGGCACCGAGCGAUCCCGCGACCUGGCCCUUUGUGCGGUGCUCAUGGACGAGUGGCUCAAGGAGCUGGCGGCCAUUGCGCAGGAACAGAGCGUUGUGCUGGUCACGGAGCAGGGGUCUUUAUGAUCGCUUGGAGUAGAUGGCGAUGCAUGCGCUGCUAAGACAGACGACUUGUGUAUACAUUAUAUUACGGAUUUGUUGGCCUUUGUUUGUUUUAACGAGCUACCCUUACGAAAUUAUUUCUUUUUACCUGUUAAAUUAUCGAUAUUUAUAUUUUAAACAACCAUUUUAAACGAACAAUGAACAGAUUUACAAAUUAAUGCACACGGACUCAAACAAAAAACACUCACACACGCGUUAACCAAGCUAGAAUUUAGGUUUAAAGUUGUAAGCGAACUAAGACGGUGGAUUUUAAGUGUUCAAAUGUAAUCAAAUAUUCUAAUUAACAGCCGUAUGCAAAAUUUACAACGUUUUUAGAGAGAACUAUAUAACACACAUACCAUGUAUACAUAUGUAUUUUUGCAAUAUAUUUUAUGCUCUUAUGUACAUAUGCAAGAUCAAAUUACCCAAGUUAUGUAAAGCCAACUUGAAAGUAUUAAAUUGGUCCAAGUAAAUGCACAGCCAAGAAAGAUAUAUUCGUUUUUUCAGUUUUAAUGUUAUUUAACGAUACAGUUUGUUCUGCAGGCUAUAUAUUUUAUAUAUUUUUUUUUUGUUGGACUUCAACCUCGUUUGCUGAUAGGAUGCUGCAAAAGCAAACCGUUUGAUAAGUAGCUUAAGCCGAAGGAAAGAAAUUCACUUGCUUCAAUAGCUUUCAAUCGACAUGACCUGGCGGACGUCCUUACUCUUUUUUCUGGUCUUGGUGUCCACUUGUUGGGCAUCAAAUGAUCCAACUCCUGGUAGCCAUGUGAAAAUGCCGACUUGGGAGAACUAUGCGCCCUACAUAUUCAGAAGGAACCAAGUGACUUGUGUGGAUGGGCACUGGAAUAGGAAUAGUGACUUUACUUUCAACUGGCGCGUAGUGCUGCACUUGCUCCAUCGGCCGUAUAAAGUUUACAAUGCCCGUAUAGUUAGUCACUUAAAUGCUGGCUUCGUAAGGCCGAAGGAUGUGUGCUUUGAGAUUCCUCCUUAUGGCAACCAGAAAUAUGUAGUUCAUCUCUGGGCCCGCUAUAAUUUCACUGACUCGCCGUGGUCAAGCGAAUAUUACUCUUUCAACUUAUCCGUAGGUGCUUCCGUUCCCAAUCGCCCGCCGGAGUUUUUACCCAAUGGCUUUAAUUACCAUCUGCCAACGAGGGAACUUUUCGUCUUUUGGAAGAAGCUGGACGAAGUGGAAUAUGGCGCUCCAAACUUUACCUAUAUUAUACAAACGGACAAGGGCAAUAAGGCCUAUCUCGAAGGCAAAGAUUAUGCAGUUUUUUAUGAUUGGGAUCCCAAGCAAACGGUCACCGUUUCCAUUUGGAGCCAGAACUCCUUGGGUCGCUCGGCUAAUGGUUCGCAGCUUGAGAUUCCAGUUCUGACAGAUGCAGAGCGGCAUCAACCGCAGAAGUUGCUGUACCACUACCUAAACAAUUCCAUCACUUGGCAGCCACCUCAGGAAACGAAAGAACUCAUUGGGUAUACCGUCUACUGGUGCUCCUACUUCAGAUUCGGUAGUCGAUUCUGCGACGACGAUGGGCCAGUCAUGAUGGAGGUGGUCCCCGAAUCGCAGCAUCAGUUUAUGUUUAAAAACCGGAUGUAUAUGGAUAUGGAUGUUGCAUUUAUUAUGGCUGUGGCGGCGUUAUAUAGUGACAAUUCUGGCGAUGGAAUGCACUGGGCUUAUUAAACCAACUACUUUGAUUAAAUGUUUGAUUUCUCAUA